AUUGGUUGUAACGCUAUUUACGAACGACUCCAUCGAUAGUGAAGGAUAAACAGUGUUUGCCAUUAAAAGCACACAAUAUUUUGCGGACAACAAAACAACACUCGCUUUGAAUUGCAUUCAAUUGUAAUCACAAUCAAGUUUUGGCCCAAAAUUAGUACCCGAUAUACAAGUGGUUAAGAGGGAUGUCAUCGACACUAUUCACGCGACUCAAUGCCAUGCGAUCGCUGGCCAGACGGCAGACAUUGCAGUCCGUCCGCCGAUCGCACGACGAGAUCACUUAUAAGGGACAGAAUCUGCCGUUUGAUAUCUCCAACCAUCGGCUGUUUGCCAUCAAGUUUACCCUCUUUAUGGCCGUCCCGUUCGCCGUUCCCUUCAUUAUCGUCAGGUAUCAGCUGAAGAAAGCCAGCGGUCAGUACGCCUGAGCCAGUGGUCGGCCACUCAACGCACCCGACGCUCAGUUUGAAUCUCAAAUGCAACCAUAGAUUAUAUGAUUAUUAUAAUUAG